AUGUACAAAAUUGAAUGCAAGCAUCUAAAACUCCCUGUCACAGUGGACUCGCUAGACAAGUUUGGCUAUCAAGGGCUUGAAUUAUUCGUAAAAGUGAUCUUUGUCCAUAUAUCCCAUCUACCGGUAGCUGAGCAUCUUCACGCCUAUAGAGAAGAUGUGCUUUCAGUGGCACUUAGGAGAAUGCCUGAUAAGCUUCUCUUAGGAGCAUUUGAACCUAAAAAGGCCGUGUUUCUCAUGAAGGCUGUUUUGGGUAGAAUGUCUGACAUUGAAGUUUGGACCGAAGUUUUGAAUGUCGUGGACGAAACCACUCCCUCUUCGGCGACAUCUCAGCUCGAACAGACACGGUGGAGAAAUACAGACCACUCCAUGAGCUUGUCUGAAUGUCACGGGUACUUCGGUAAUGUGCUUGAGGAAAAGGAAUGCCCGACAUCGAAGAAGUUUCCCAACUGGUAUUUCAAAAGUGCUGCGAAGACGAUUGCCCGCUUUACGACAAAGAGAAGGUUGGUUCUCGACCGCAACCAAACGGAUGCGCAAUCGGGGAAAGGAGUCCUGACCACACUAGAUGCCGCUGCGUUCAUUUGCCCGUCCAAACAAGCAGCUAGAAAACUUGAUGAAAGGGCAGAAGCUAGGCAUUUGUUUGUAUCCUUAUUCACGGAUCUCGGUACCUGGGCAGCUGAGGAGCGACUAUGCCUUGAUGAUCAUCCGAAGUCGUGGCUUGAACUUGGGGCGUAUGCGACAAAAGUGCAGUCUGAGCAACUGACUCGUCGCUUUGUUUGCGCUUUUACCUUGUCCGGAAACUGGAUGAGAGUUUGGCUGUUUGGCCGUCUCGGGAACAAAAUUCCAGGCCGUGGAACGAUGUGUUGGAGAGGCUAUGCUGAGAAUAAUCCUCAGUUGCGACUUGUGAUCAAAGAUUCAUCGCAAUAUGAGGAUACCAAAGAUGAAGGAGAGCUGCUUCGAAAAGUGACUGAAAAGGGAGUGAUCAACAUAACUCGCCAGAUCAUUCCAGACAAGAGACUAAUCGAUGUCUGA